CAUGUAAUUGAUUGUGUACCUGUACAUGUAAUUGAUUGUGUACCUGUACAUUGUAGUAUAUUGUGUUUUAUAGGUUAUCUAAAUCACGCAGAAGUGUUUUCUUGAUGGAUAAACUUGUUGCAGGGAUUGUUGGUGCAGCCAUUUUUGCAGUCCCAAUAUGGCUGAUCAGUAAAUGUCAACUCGAAAGCAAAAGUAACAAAAAGAACCGGACGCGCAUUCUUCCACAUGGCGGAAAUGGUUACAAUAUUAAAGCCACCGCCACCAAGUGGGGGAAGCAAUUAGUUCCUGGAGCCAAGACCUUGCCACAAAAUACCCGUCCAAAUUCUAGUUUACGCCAAGGAAUGAAGUUGGUUCCAAUCACAAUGAAUGGAGGGAGCCAGUAUUUGAAAUUGGUUUAGGAGACGCAAAUAUCAGCAAAUAUUUCAAAGAAAACAAUCUACACAUAAGUGAAUCUGAUUGGCAGGAAAGCCGCCAAAUUAUGGAUAAAGUAGUAAAAAUCAUAGCACGUGAAAUGAAGGCUGCAGCUGCCAUCCAAUUCCCAGGACUUGUUUUAGACGAAACGUUCAUCAAACAAGGUAGUUCUAGGGAGGGAUUAAAGGUUUGUGAUCCACUAGAGUUUGAUUUUAUUUUACCAUUUCGCAUUGAGGGCGUACGGAUGGUGGAAACAAAGGCCUUCAACUGUUACGGAAAUUCUCUUCCUGGCCUUUUCAAACAAAGAGUAGUUAGCCAUUACAAUCUUUCAUCAUGGAUGAUAAAAUACGGUUUGCUUGAAGACUCCAAUGGCGACACAUAUAUUAACACCAGCAACUUUCACACGAGAGUGUUCACAUCUCUUUUGGAUAAGUCAGAAGCAGAAAUUAAUCGACAAUUACGAAGACUGACGGCGCAUUCCUCAGACAGAUGUAGAGUUGUUCGAAGAGUAAAUCCUCCUACUUUGAAAAUUGUUAUCAGAAAUAACAUUGAAUUAGAAGGAGUAGGUUAUUAUGUAGCUCGGUUACAGGGUAGCUAUGGUAAAACGGUUUCUGUCAAAAGUAUACAUGUUUCAGAUGUUGAAGCUGAUUUGGUACCUGGACUGUGCUUAUCAUCAGACACGGUACCAGAUCCGUACGCAGUUCAUGAUUUUCAUCAAUGUCACAUAGCAAAGUCUACAAUCUCUGCAGAUGAACAGAUGUCAUGUAAAAGGUAUGGGGUCAUGAAAUGGGUCAAUAAAGUGAACCCAAAUAUCCCAGAAAGCGAAAGAAAAUUUCUCUGGCGAAAUUCAACCUGUGGAUAUGAAAAACACAUCCUUGAUGUAGCUCGCAGAAACCGAAGUCAGAGGUAUGUGAUGACGGCAUGUAGAUUACUGAAAGGAGCAUUGCGUGAAUUUCAACCGAAUUCGACCAAUCAGCUAGGGAGUGUUGUAAAUUCCUACCAUCUCAAAAAUAUCUGCUUUUACUGCAUCUUAUUUUUGACAAUACCCAGCAAAGAAAACACUCUUUCUGGUGUGAAAGAGGCUUUGGGGUACUUUGUGAAGUAUCUUGAACUUAGUAUUCAAGAAGGGUACCUACCGCAUUUCUUCUACGGAAAUCCAUACAUUGACAUCAUGUUCCCUGGGAGCCCAUUUGAGAAAGAAGUUGAGACAUACAACCUUUUUGCAUCCAAGGAUCCAAAAACUAUGCGCCAGACAUUGUACAGCCUGCCACGGUUCUUACAACCACUGAGUGGACUUUAUAUGAAGGAAUGGAUGCUAGAUUCCGACAAGAUUAGACUAUACAAGGACCUAUUAUUAAUACAUGAGUCAUGUGUAUAACUGUGGUAGAUGACGUCAUCAAUUUUCAUGGUUUAGAAAUUCACUUUAAUUGCUUUUUUGUGAAAAUACAUUAAUGUUUGGAAAUGUUUGGACGUGCAUUCUAUAUUCAUACCUAGAAAUUAUGUAAUAAAAAUCAACAGAUAA